GUCAUGGGGACGACCUAGGUGACUUCAACCUAGAAGAUGCCCUGGGUGACCUCAGCACCAAGCGACACUUUGAUUUGCUUGAUUACUUUGACACCCCUCCGGAGGCUACCACCAAACCCGCCAAGCCAACUCCAAAGCCCGUCCCCAGGCCAGGGAAGCCAGACAACAGCAUUUGGGAUGUCAUCCGCACCACCACAACCAGGCAGCCGAAAACUACGAGGGCCCCCCCCAAGCGUAACCCAGCAAAGAAUCCUAUGGAUUUUGACUUGGCUGAUGCCCUCGAUGAUAAGAAUGAUAGGAAAGAUGCUGGGAGGCCGGACGUAAGGCCAGGUGAAGAAUUUUCAGAUGACGACCUGGCCAGCAUCGUGGACGGUGGCUACAGCCCAGACAAGAAGAAGGGUGGCGGGGGCAGCAGCGACAGCGACUACGGUGGAAGCAGCGGGGCGGAGACGGGGACAAUCGCCGGCAUCGCCAGUGGCCUAGCCAUGGCGCUCAUCGGGGCUGUCUCCAGCUACAUCUCCUACCAGCAGAAGAAGUUCUGCUUCAGCAUCCAGCAGGGGCUUAAUGCGGAGUACGUGAAAGGAGAAAACAUGGAAGCUGUCGUGAGCGAGGAACCCCAAG